GACGCCAGCCACCGGCGGCGCUAGCACCUCGGAGCAGAGCGCAGCGCGGAGCCCGGGGCUGCAGAGACCACCCGGGCCCUCUGCCCUUGCUCCCGCCGGGGCCAGGUGCAAAGAACCCUGAAGAACGUGGUGAUCUCCAACAAGCUUCCUGAGAUGUUGACUGCCGAGCUAACCAUGAACAUGAGCCAAAAAUGUUAAUAUAUGAACCAAGACCAUGGGGAAUUCAUAUGCUGGGCAACUGAAAUCGGCUAGAUUUGAGGAAGCUCUACACAAUUCCAUAGAGGCCUCGCUCAGAUGCAGUAGUGUUGUGCCACGGCCAAUCUUUUCCCAGCUCUACUUGGACCCAGAUCAACACCCUUUCUCAUCUGCAGAUGUCAAACCCAAGGUGGAAGACCUAGAUAAAGAUCUAGCACACCGCUACACUCAAAAUGGCAGCCUGGAUUUUUCUAACAACAUAGCAAUUAAUGAAAUGGAAGAUGAUGAAGAUGAAGAAGAAAUGUCUGACUCAAACAGCCCACCAGUUCCCUACUCACAAAAGCCAGCCCCAGAAGGGUCUUGCACUACAGAUGGCUUUUGUCAAGCAGGAAAGGAUUUGCGUUUGGUGUCACUGUGUAUGGAGCAAAUUGACAUCCCAGCAGGAUUCCUCCUGGUCGGGGCCAAGUCUCCCAAUCUUCCUGAACAUAUCCUAGUUUGUGCUGUGGAUAAGCGAUUUCUACCAGAUGACCAUGGAAAAAAUGCACUUUUAGGGUUUUCUGGAAAUUGUAUUGGUUGUGGAGAGAGAGGGUUUCGAUAUUUCACGGAAUUUUCCAACCACAUUAACUUGAAGCUCACCACCCAGCCGAAGAAGCAGAAGCACUUGAAGUACUACCUAGUCAGGACCUCCCAGGGUGUGCUAGCAAAGGGACCUCUCAUCUGCUGGAAAGAAUGUAGAAGCCGACAAUCUUCUGCUGUUUGCCACUCCACUAAACCUAUUCCUUCAGUGCCAUCAACUGUGGCUCCAGAAAAUGGAGCAGCUAAUGGAUACAAAGCAGGCUUUACUCAAACAGAUUCGCCGGCUCUCAGUCGAGCUAAUUCUGCAAUCAAUUUAAGUGGCGCUCAGGACCUGACCCGGAAUAAGAAUAUUGUGAAACCACUGCCUUUAUCUUUGCAGGUUGUAGGAAAGAGUUUUGCUGCAGAAGCAGCCAAUGGUACCACUAGCCAUGGAGGGAAGAGUGGCACAUCCAGUUCCAUGCCAUCCCGCUCGGGGAACUACUCUUUGUCACCAAGACCUACCUACACAUCCAUAGACCAAGCUAAUAUGUUCAUUUCUGGCCCACCAAAGAAACGACACCGGGGAUGGUAUCCCGGGUCACCUGUCUCCCAACCUGCUCUAGUUGUGCCUGUUCCCACAGUUCGCCCUCUUUCAAGAACUGAGCCCCUCUUAUCUACCCCAGUUCCACAGACCCCGUUAACUGGAAUUCUCCAGCCUCGGCCUGUCCCUGCAGGGGAAACUGUGAUUAUUCCUGAAAACCUGCUGAGUAACUCAGGAGUUAGACCAGUGAUCCUGAUAGGCUGUGGCGCUUUACCUUAUUUCUAUGGAAAUGUUGGUGACAUUGUUGUGAGUCCUCUGCUGGUGAACUGCUACAAGAUCCCACAGCUGGAAAACAAGGAUCUGGAGCAGUUGGGGUUGGCUAGCACCCAGCUCCUGAGUGUGGAAAGCAUGAUCCUUCUGACUAUACAGUACCUUGUACGGUUAGGUCCCGACCAGAUCCCUCUCAGGGAAGAGUUUGAGCAGAUCCUGCUGAAAGCCAUGCAGGAGCUCACUGCGCGGGAGCGAACCCUGCAGACGGGUGCUCCGUGGACACCCGUGUCACCGGGACAGCUCCCCUGGCUUGCUAGAUUAGCUGCCAGUGUGUCUCAAGACAUGGUUCAUGUGAUUGUGACCCAAAACUCUCUGGCAGAGGGCAUUUCAGAGACACUAAGGCUUCUCAGUGAAACCAAACACUAUCAGAGACUACCGGAUUAUGUCGUAGCAAUUUGUGCAUCGAAAAUCAGAGGAAAUGAAUUUUGUGUGAUUGUAUUAGGUCAGCAUCAGUCCCGGGCUCUGGCAGAGAGCAUGCUUACCACAAGUGAAUUUUUGAAAGAAAUUAGUUAUGAGCUCAUCACAGGAAAGGUCAGUUUCCUGGCAUCGCAUUUCAGAACCACCUCACUAGGCGAUGACCUGGACAAGCUGCUAGAAAAAAUGCAACAAAGAAGAGGAGACAGUGUGGUCACCCCUUUCAAUGGUGACCUUAACGAGUGUGUGUCACCUCAGGAGGCUGCUGCUAUGAUCCCCACACAAAAUCUGGAUGUAGAUAACGAAACCUUCCAAAUUUAUCAACCACAGCUCACAGUUGCCAGAAGACUCUUGUCCCAAGUGUGUGCAAUUGCAGACAGCGGCAGCCAGAGCCUGGACCUGGGCCACUUUAGCAAAGUGGACUUCAUCAUCAUCGUCCCACGGUCAGAAGUUCUGGUCCAGCAAACUCUCCAACGGGUCCGACAAUCAGGUGUCCUUGUAGACCUGGGUCUGGAAGAAAAUGGAAUGGCUCAUCAGAGAGCAGAAAAAUAUGUUGUUCGCCUGGACAAUGACAUUCAAAGCAAGUUUGAAGUUUUUAUGAGAAGGGUGAAACAGAAUCCAUACACACUGUUUGUGCUAGUUCAUGACAACUCCCAUGUGGAGCUAACGAGUGUGAUUUCGGGUUCUCUGUCACAUGGUGAGCCAACUCAUGGAUUGGCUGAUCGCGUCAUUAACUGCAGAGAAGUUCUAGAAGCUUUCAACCUCCUGGUGCUCCAAGUGAGCUCCUUCCCAUACACACUGCAGACCCAGCAGUCUCGAAUCAGCUCCAGCAAUGAGGUCCACUGGAUACAACUGGACACAACGGAGGAUGUGGGCUGUGAGAAGCUCUACUUUGGCUUGAAUGAGUACAGCAAGUCGCUGCAGUGGGGGGUCACCAGCCCACUUCUGAGAUGUGACGAGACUUUUGAGAAGAUGGUGAGCACACUCUUGGAGAGGUACCCCACGCUGCACAGCAUGGUCGUACGCUGCUAUCUUCUCAUCCAGCAGUACUCAGAGGCCUUGAUGGCUCUCACCACCAUGGCAUCACUCCGAGACCACAGCACACCGGAAACACUCAGCAUUAUGGAUGACCUUCUCAGCUGCCCAGGAAAAAACAAGAGUGGCCGGGGACCGAUGCUCAUCAUCAGAGUGCCGUCCGUGCAGCUGGCCAUGCUGGCCAGGGAGCGACUGCAGGAGGUGCGGGACAAGCUGGGGCUGCAGUAUCGCUUUGAGAUCAUCCUGGGGAGCCCGGCCUCAGAACUCCAUGUUGCAGCUCACUUCGUGGCACGAUUAAAGACCUGGAGAGGAAAUGACCAGGAAGACUGGAUCCCUCGGACUUACCAGGACUUGGAAGGUCUGCCCUGCAUAGUGAUAUUAACUGGCAAGGACCCUCUUGGAGAAACUUUUCCCAGGUCUUUAAAGUACUGCGACCUGCGAUUAAUUGACUCAAGUUACUUAACUCGCACGGCCUUGGAGCAGGAGGUGGGCCUGGCGUGCUGCUACGUCUCAAAAGAGGUCAUCCGGGGGCCUGCUGCUGCCUUGGACCUCAGUGGAAAGGAGGCUGAGAGGGCCCCCACCAGUGAAAAUGACUCUGAGGAGCUGCUCAUUGAUUUGGAGCGACCACAGAGCAACAGCAGCGCUGUCACAGGAACCUCAGGUUCCAUCAUGGAGAACGGGGUGAGUUCCUCCAGCACAGCUGACAAAUCCCAGCAGCAGCCGCUGACCUCCAGCGUCCAGCUGAAUGAAGGGGUCUCCGCCAGCACUGCUGUGGUUGGGGAGAGCCUGAAGCAGGAGUGUGACUCCUUGGGCCUUCCAGUGGCCAGCAGCACCACCUCCAAGCCUUCUUCGACCUCACCCUCGAGUGCCCAGGCUCUUACAUGGUCAGGGCAGCCCUCCAGAGGCUGCCGGGGUCUGCACACAGCCUUGCCCCCAGUGGUGAUCUUAUCCAAAGCUGCAUACAGCCUGCUGGGAUCCCAGAAGGGUGGUAGGCUGCCACCCUCCUCAUCCCUGCUACCCCAUGCCGAUGUGGCCUGGGUGAGCUCCCUGCGGCCAGGCCUGCACAAGGACAUGGGCAGCGAGGAGCAGUCCCUUUACUACCGCCAGUGGACUUCUGCCCGACAGCACCACGCUGACUACAGCAACCAGCCAGACCCUGCCUCAGGCGCCCGGACCUUGCACCCGAGGCGCUUGCUGCUCACUGGCCCCCCCCAGGUGGGAAAGACUGGCUCCUAUUUACAGUUCCUUAGGAUCCUUUUCCGCAUGCUCAUUCGGCUGCUGGAGGUGGACGUGUAUGAUGAGGAGGAAAUAAACACAGAUCACAAUGAAACCUGCGGAGUGAGCAAGUCAGAGCGCGAGCCCUGGCCUGACAUUGAGACCUUCAGCAAAAUGCCUUUUGACGUCAGUGUGCAUGACCCCAAGUACAGUUUGAUGAGCCUCGUCUACACUGAGAGGCUGGCUGGGCUCAAACAAGAAGUAAUAAAGGAAUAUAAAGUUGAGGAGUCCCGGAAACGAGAAACCAUGUCUAUGAUGCUGACCAAAUAUGCGGCCUACAACACCUUCCACCACUGUGAACAGUGCCACCAAUACAUGGACUUCACGCCCACCUCCCAGAUAUCUGACUCUACCCUCCAUGCUUUCACAUUUUCUUCUUCUAUGCUGGGAGAAGAAGUCCAGCUCUAUUUCAUCAUUCCAAAGUCCAAAGAGAGUCAUUUUGUCUUCAGCAAACAGGGUAGACACCUGGAAAGUAUGCGGCUGCCCCUGGUUUCAGACAAGAACCUAAAUGCAGUCAAGAGUCCUAUUUUCACUCCUUCCAGUGGUCGCCACGAGCACGGACUCCUGAACCUUUUCCAUGCCAUGGAGGGCAUCAGCCAUCUUCACCUCCUGGUGGUUAAAGAAUACGAGAUGCCACUGUACCGAAAGUACUGGCCCAACCACAUCAUGCUAGUGCUUCCCGGCAUGUUCAAUAAUGCAGGCGUGGGUGCUGCCAGGUUCCUCAUCAAGGAACUGUCGUACCACAAUCUAGAACUGGAAAGGAAUCGCCUGGAGGAGCUGGGAGUCAAACGGCAGUGUGUCUGGCCUUUCAUCGUUGUAAUGGAUGACUCCUGUGUCCUGUGGAACAUUCACAGCGUUGAGGAGCCAACCAGCCAGCUGACAGAAGCAGGAAUUUCCAGCAAGAAUGUGUCCUUGAAGAGUGUCUUGCAGCAUAUUGAAGCCACACCAAAAAUUGUCCACUAUGCAAUCCUGGGCAUACAGAAAUGGAAUAGCAAGCUGACGUCUCAGAGCCUAAAGACUCCAUUCUCAAGAUGUCAUGUGCAUGAUUUCAUUCUCCUCAAUAUAGACCUGACUCAAAAUGUACAGUAUGACUUCAACAGGUAUUUCUGUGAAGAUGUUGACUUUAACCUGAGAACAAACAGCAGUGGCCUGCUUAUCUGCCGCUUUAAUAACUUCAGUCUCAUGAAGAAGCAUGUUCAGGUUGGAGGGCAAAGGGACUUUAUCAUUAAACCAAAGAUCAUGGUUUCAGAGAGCUUAGCUCCCAUCUUGCCCCUUCAGUACGUCUGUGCACCCGACAGUGAACACACGCUACUGGCAGCCCCUGCACAGUUCCUUCUGGAGAAGUUCCUUCAACAUGCCUCAUAUAAACUCUUCCCCAAAGCCAUUCAUAACUUCAAGAGUCCUGUACUGGCCAUUGACUGCUACCUUAACAUUGGACAGGAGGUAGCCAUAUGCUAUGUCAGCUCCAGACCCCAUUCCAGCAAUAUCAACUGUGAAGGGGUGUUUUUCAGUGGACUUCUCUUGUACCUCUGUGACUCUUUUGUAGGUGCCGAUCUUCUCAAGAAAUUCAAGUUUCUAAAAGGUGCUACUUUGUGCGUCAUCUGCCAAGACAGAAGCUCCUUACGGCAAACAAUUGUUCGCUUAGAGCUGGAGGAUGAGUGGCAGUUUCGCCUCCGGGAUGAGUUUCAAACUGCUAACAGCAGUGAUGAUAAGCCUCUCUACUUUCUUACUGGACGGCAUGUAUGAGUUGUUGAAGAGACCAAAAACAACAAACUGAUCCCUAGAUGGAGUGGGACAACAAUUAUUGGGGAUUUUAUUUUUUCCUUUAAAGUACAAUCACUGUGGAGCAAAGUGCAACAUAUUUAUCUCUUCUCCAAAGAGCUCCCCAAAUGUGACCAAGGUCUUCUUUGGGGCACUGUCCUUCUUUAGUUCUGCUGACAGGACCCAGAUUCAGGUCAAUGCCACAGUGGGCAGUUAUGCAAUUACACAGGAUGUGCUCUGCUGUGGGAGCCUGAGGAUAUAUUCUGGAGAAAAAACAUGGAGUAUGCAUUGUUUUUCCUACUACAUUAUGUUGGGGGGCAGGGGGCCGACCGUCAGCAUUAGCCAGCUUGAAUGUGUUACAUGAGACUCACACCACUGGUGUGGAAUUAAUUGAAGAUUAACACUUGAGGCCUGAACCCUCAGUUUCUCUUCAGUUCUGUACCUUGGUACAGUAUUACUCAGGGGUCUGAAAUGAUAGAAUGUAGAAGAUAUUUGUAUUUAAAAAGAAAUAGCUUUGUCUUUCUCUGUGCAGUGUUAGUUUAAGAUUUAUAAUCUUAUAUAUAUCGAAACCUUUGGCAAAAUUUCCACAGGAGUUAAAAGUUUACUAUUUAAACGGAACAAAGAAUCAGUACAUGCAGAGCAGGCAUUAGGUGCAUUCAUGAGGGUUCUCGGAGCUUGAGCCCUUUGCCUUGCCCAUUCCAGUCUUUAAGCACACCACAUUUAUAAGAAUGCAGAACAGUGAUUUGUACAAGAAACUAUGUGGACGAAUUAGCAUUCUGCAGUUAUGCUCUAUCACUGUGUUUCAAUUGAAAGGAAGGAGUUGGCACCUAGAAACUCACACAACAGGCUGGGAUUUAUUGUGGAUUUGAACUAGUGGAUUGCUGUGACUUAGGCUAAGCAUCCUUUAAAAGACUUAACCAGUAACAGCUGUCUUACAGUGACACACAAAAAUGGGUGGAAAUGGGAAACAGAACUAUAGACACGUUUUCCUUAAUUUUAUCAGUGACAUUUUUCCUGAGGAGUAAGGAAGACUCCACAAAGCGCCUUUUGAACUCAUUAAAAUUAGUGGGUAGUGUAUGACUAAUAUCAACAGUAGGGGGUAUAAGUUUCUAUGGAUUUCUCAUCAAAUAUUUUAAUCAGAAACAUUUUGAGAAAAUAUCUCACAGUAAUCUACUGAAGUUUACAUGUAAAUUGCUCUACUUCAUGGUACCUUUGAGUUUUCUCAGUCCAAGUGUCUGAUUUUAUCUCCAGUUAAGAUGGUCAUCUUUCCUUGAAUCUGUCUUAGAACCCAAGACUACUGAAAGUCUACUGAGCCUGCACUUAUUGCAGUGUUAGCUAAGCUUGGUUAUCCAGGAAUAAAAGGAGUUUACAGCUAGUGAGAAGAUGGAAUGGAUUAGAUGGAAAAGAACGGUUUGCAGCUCUCUUGGAUCUAAUAUAGCUACUUAUGAGGUUUUAAAUGUAUUUUAAAUGGAUAGUUCCUUUUAACCCCAUUUUAAAUUGUCCCUCAAGGAGGACCCGCCUUAUUAUAUGCUUAUUUCUUAACUUUAAUAGAGCAGAAUUUUAGCAAAGAGGUAUGUUCCAGGGCAGUCUAAUUUAGGUAUGAAUGCAUCUAACUUGUUCCUGUUUUGCUGAAAGGGUCCAAUGCAGGUAAUAUCAAGAAAGCCACUGUUUGUGCAAUAUUUCAAUAACACUAUGUAGGGUAAAUAAAAAUACUUGAAAUAAUUCCACAACUAUUGUGCCAGGGGCAGAGGCCUCUUAGGAGUUCUUACUGGCUUUUUCUUUUUGGACUCAGUUACUUUAAUGCAGGCACUCCGUGUUAGUUAGAGCUACACUGGAAAUUCAAGUGAUCAUAAACUGUAAACACUAUUCCACUCCUCCACGAGAAAAGCCAGAAUAGAACCAAAAGACUGUCCAUCACUCCAAUAACUGACAAGUUUUCAUUUACCUGCCUCUUUUUCUCCAAAGCCUAAAUAAAGGUUUGGAUAUUUUAAAGUUACCUUAAUCAGUGUAAUCCUUUAGUGAAUGCUAGGUCCUCUUUAAGGAUGGAAUUGCACAAGCCCAGACCAUCAUGACUUGUUAGUGCAUGUCUUGGUGUGUUUGAUUUUACCCUCUUCCAUCCCUGAGGACAGUGAGUUAGGUCAAAUAGAUUAAGUCACAUGGUAAUGUACCUGCAGACCUGCUGAACUUUGGCAUGCAUGACAGUUCACACAGGUUAAUAUUGAAUGUAACCUAAAAAAAAUUAGAAAAACUGUAGUCAAGUGUUGGCUGUAAUUUAUGCAACUGCUUCUUGUGAUUUUUAGAAAAGGGGGCACCCGUGUUACUUUGUUACUGUAAAAUUUUCUUAACGAAAAUUUGGUGAAUUUCACUCACUAGUCAGUCUACCUCACAUUUUGUUUAUGACGCUGUGUCUACAGUAUGUUGUUGUUCUUUCAUUUGGUGAAUGUAUUAAAAUUCCCUCCCACUCCUCAUUCA